AUGGUUUUGUCUAGUGUUUUGGGGUUCCCCCGUAUUGGUGCUAAGCGUGAGCUCAAGAAGGCUACUGAGUCUUACUGGGCUGGCAAGAGCUCUGUUGAGGACCUGCUCAAGGUCGGCAAGGAGCUGCGCGCUCACAACUGGAAGCUCCAGAAGGAUGCCGGUGUUGACUUGAUUGCCUCCAACGAUUUUUCCUACUACGACCAGAUUUUGGACGCUUCUCUUCUUUUCAACGUCAUCCCUGAGCGUUACCAGAAGUACAGCCUGCCCCAGAUUGAUACUCUUUUCGCUAUGGGCCGUGGUUUGCAGCGCCCUGCCACUGAUAGCACUCCUGCUGUCGAUGUGCCUGCUUUGGAGAUGGUCAAGUGGUUCGAUUCUAACUACCACUACGUCCGUCCCACUUUCUCUCACUCCACCACAUUCAAGCUCAACGGCCAGAAGCCUGUCGAUGAGUACCUCGAGGCUAAGGAGCUCGGCAUUGAGACCCGCCCCGUUUUGAUUGGUCCCGUCUCUUACCUUGUUCUUGGCAAGGCUGACAAGGACUCUUUGGACCUUGAGCCCAUCUCUCUCCUUGAGAAGCUCUUGCCCGUUUACGCUGAGGUUCUCCAGAAGCUUCUCGACGCUGGCGCCAAGUCUAUCCAGAUUGACGAGCCCGUCCUCGUUUUGGAUCUCGACGAGAAGGUCAAGGCUGCUUUCAAGACUGCCUACUCUGUUCUUGCCGAGAAGGUCCCUGCCGCCAAGUUGAUCCUCGCCACCUACUUUGGCGACGUUCGCCCCAACUUGGAUGCCGUUAAGGGUCUCCCCGUUGCCGGUGUUCACUUUGACUUUGUCCGUGUUCCCGAGCAGCUCGAUGCUGCCGUUGAGGCUCUUUCUGCUGAGCAGAUUUUGUCCGUCGGUAUCAUUGAUGGCCGUAAUAUUUGGAAGGCUGACCUCAACAAGGCUGUCAAGUUUGUUGAGUCUGCUAUUGCCAAGGUUGGCAAGGAGCGCGUGAUUGUUGCUACCUCCAGCUCUUUGCUUCACACUCCCGUCGACUUGGAGAAUGAGACCAAGCUCGAUGCCGAGAUCAAGGACUGGUUCGCUUUCGCCACCCAGAAGCUUUCUGAGGUUGUUAUUGUCACCAAGGCCGUCAACGGCGAGGACGUCAAGGCCGAGCUCGAGGCCAACGCCAAGAGCAUCUCUGCCCGUGCUUCUUCUUCCAUCACCAACGACGCUGCUGUUCAGAAGCGCGUUGCCGAGCUCGGCGAGAAGGACACCAAGCGUGCCUCUGCCUUUGCUGCCCGUCUUGAGGCCCAGAAGUCUUUGAACCUCCCUCUCUUCCCUACCACCACCAUUGGUUCUUUCCCCCAGACCAAGGAGAUCCGUGUUCAGCGCCAGAAAUUGAACAAGGGUGAGAUCACUGCUGAGCAGUACGAGAAGUUCAUUGAGAAGGAGAUCCAGGACGCCAUCAAGUUCCAGGAGGAGGUUGGCCUCGAUGUCUACGUCCACGGUGAGCCUGAGCGUAACGAUAUGGUCCAGUACUUUGGUGAGCAGCUCAAGGGUUUUGCCUUCACUCAGAACGGUUGGGUCCAGUCUUACGGUUCUCGUUACGUCCGUCCUCCCAUCAUCGUGGGUGACGUUUCUCGUCCUUCCCCCAUGACUGUCAAGGAGUCCAAGUACGCCCAGUCUGUCUCGCCCAAGCCUAUGAAGGGUAUGCUUACUGGUCCCGUCACCAUUUUGCGUUGGUCUUUCCCUCGUAACGAUGUUUCUCAGAAGGUCCAGGCCCAGCAGCUUGCCUUUGCUCUCCGUGAUGAGGUCAACGAUCUUGAGGCUGCCGGUGUCACCGUGAUCCAGGUCGAUGAGCCUGCUAUCCGUGAGGGUCUUCCUUUGCGCGAGGGUGAGGAGCGUUCUGCCUACGUUCAGUGGGCUCCUGAGUCGUUCCGCAUUGCCACCUCUGGUGUCAAGGACUCUACUCAGAUCCACUCGCACUUCUGCUACUCCGAUCUCGACCCUGCCCACAUCAAGGCCUUGGAUGCCGAUGUUGUUUCCAUCGAGUUCUCCAAGAAGGACGACUCCAACUACAUCCAGAACUUCUCUGACUACCCCAACCACAUUGGCCUUGGUUUGUUCGACAUCCACUCUCCUCGUGUCCCUCCUCAGUCCGAGUUCGAGAAGCGCAUUGCUGACAUUCUCGCUGUCUACCCCAAGGAGAACCUGUGGAUCAACCCCGACUGUGGUCUCAAGACCCGCCAGUGGGAUGAGUGCCGCAAGCAGCUCACCAACAUGGUCAACGCGGCCAAGGUCUUCCGUGAGAAGUACGCUUAA